CUUUUGAAGCGUGGAUGAACAAAAAACAAAAUUUGAAGAACGGGAACCCUUUGCUCUCGCUCUCUCUGUUUUGGUUGUCUCCGUUCUUUUACUUAUCAGUUGGUUGUGCUUAGGGUGUCAAUAAAAUCGUUUCAACCGAACGAUGAACGGGAUGAAGCGCCUAGGUCAAUCAGAUUCCAACCUCGACACCAAGGAUUCUGCUUUUAGGAGUAAGAGAAUAAUGGUCGCAUCCACUUUCGAUAAUAACAAGGCAGAAUCAUCUAACCAGCAUUUGAUGAAAGAACCCCCUUUUGAUGUACAGCGGGCUGAAUCAUCCCGCCAACACGUCAGAGCACUCAAUACCCAAUUUGCUAGUUGGGUGCAAUUGCAGAUGCAAAAUCAUCCAGAUGAGCUUUGGGAAGAUGGUGUGCAAGAUUACUUAACUUAUGCUUCAGAAAUUAUGGAGAAAUUCCGUGAUGUUGUUGAUUGGCUCAAGGCAAUUACUGGAAAAGCAGAAAAUGUGUCUGUAUCAAGUUCACAAACUGCUGGGAAAAAGUUGAUACCUGAAGCUAAGAACAAUGAAAUAAAAUUGUUUCACGAGAAAAGUGGGUUUGGUGCAGUAGGCACAACUUCAAGCUUUACAAGUCCAUGGAGCUCUGGUCCAUUAUUGAAUAAUCAAGCUCCGUUGUUGUUUGGAAGUCAAAGUUCUGGACUCUUAAACCAAGAAGCAGCAGAUGAUGUGGAUGGUGAUGAUGUGGAGCAGCCUAGUAGUCCAUCUGUGAAGAAGACUGAAGAGAAGGGUAUCAGUGUAGUGCAUGAAGUCAAAUGCAAGUUAUAUGUAAAGUCAACCGAUCCUGCAGAUAAAGAUGCUUGGAAGGAUAGAGGCAUGGGCCAACUUUCCAUAAAAUGCAAAGAGGGUGCUGAAAAAGCUACUACAGACUCAAAACCAACGAUUGUUGUUCGUAAUGAUGUUGGAAAAGUGUUGCUCAACGCUUUGUUAUAUCCAGGCAUCAAAACAAAUUUACAGAAGAAUUCUAUUGUUGCAAUAUUCCAUACUUCGGGUGAUGCCGGUGGCAGCGAUGGUGGCAAAAGUGAUAGUGUGGUGGCACGCACGUACUUAAUAAGGACGAAAACAGAGGAGGAGAGGAAUAAGCUGGCAGCGGUAAUUCAAGAAUAUGCUCCAACAGCUUGAAAAUGUUUAUAUGGAUUGUGGGCACGGCCAAUACUCUUCAUUUGUUCCUUUAACAAAUGUAAUGUUUGUAGUAAUUGCUUGGCGAAGCCCCCCUGUUUAUUUAUUUCCAAUUUUUCAUAUGUUAGCCUGGUAAAACUGAAUAUAUAUAUGUAUUUUGGGGCUCUGAGAAAAAGAAAGAAUUCAUGUCAUCAUAUCUUGAGCAAAUUACGAAUGUUCGAGGCUUCCGUACUUGUAAUAUAAUGAAGAGUACUGGAAAUUAAACUAUGUUCAUUUACUAAAUCCAGAAGAAAGAAUUUAUCCUGUUAUUUUCUUA